AUGGCCAAAGCAGAGUCCGAUCUCAGGUCCAUGCUGAGCGAGAACUAUGACCCCCAUCAGUUCCCCUGGUAUGAGCCGCAGCUCACAGAGGUCGAGCCAGAGGCAAGGGAACUGCUUGAGAAGUAUAGCCAUAUCCCACCCCACGAAGUAGUGCCGCACGUGAACAGCCUGUUUCCCUACCCUUGCGUCGGCGCUUUCCGUUUUCUGGAUAUGAGUAUCCCCCAAUCCCCGAUCUACGACGAGAUCCUGGAGCGUCUCAAGUCUGGCCAAAAACUGCUGGACGUGGGAUGUGCCCUCGGGCAAGAACUGCGUCAAUUGGUCUUCGACGGCGUAGCUUCUGAGAAUCUGUACGCGGCUGAUCUACGCCGCGACUUCUUCGAAGUCGGCUACGACCUGUUCAAAGAUCGCGAGAUGCUGAAGUCAACAUUCUUUGAGGCCGACAUCUUCGACGCAAACUCCGCGCUGGUGCAGCAACUCACUGGCAAGGUGGAUAUCGUCAACGCGGGGUCUUUCUUCCACCUGUUUAACUGGGACCAGCAAGUCGCAGCCGUCAAGCAGGUUGUUGAGCUCCUGCGCCCGCAGCCUGGUUCCCUGUUGGUGGGUCGACAGGCAGGGCGCAAAGACCCUGUUGAUCCUGAUGACAAGGAGAAUGCGCCUAAGCGGUAUCGCCAUGAUAUUGAGACGUGGAAGAGGCUUUGGAGACAGGUUGAGGAAGAGACGGGAACGAAGUGGGAGGUGGAGGCUUGGAUGGAGCCCUGGGAGGGCGUGGAUUCGGUGUUCAAGAAGUAUCAUCCUGGCGUGGAGACUUUUAAGCUGCGGUUUAUGUCAAAGAGACUGUAA